AUGGCAGUGGCGACAUUUUUGUUUGUUUUGCUGCUUGCUCUGCUGAUUCUCCUCUUCCUGAGACAACUCUGGACUCGAAGACAUUUGCCUCCCGGUCCUUUGGCUCUGCCUCUCAUUGGGACCUUGUGGGCUGACGGGUUUUGGCUUCAUGAAGAUCAUUUCUGUAAGCAUGUAAAGCAAUAUGGAAAUAUAUCCACUUUGUCGGCUGGACCUAACCUUCUAGUAGUGCUGUCUGGAUUCAAAACUGUGAAAGAAGGAAUGACCAGCUUCCCAGAAGAAUUCUCUGACCGAUCAGUCGAUCCUUUAUUGGGUGUUUUAGGGAAAGAGAGGGGAAUUAUUCUUUCCAGUGGCCACACCUGGAAACAGCAGAGACACAUCGGCAUCACUUCUCUGCGGAAGCUGGGCCUGGGGAAGAAAAGCAUUGAGCAUCAAAUAGAAGACGCAGCUCAGGCAUUGGUGGAGAUCUUUAGACAAACAAAAGGACAGCCAUUUGACCCUUCAUUUCCAGUACUAAAUGCAGUUUUUAAUGUCAUAUGUGUUUUCAAUACUGGACAUCAGUCUGCUCCUGAAGAUGAAAACUUUCAGAAGUUAAUUCAAGCCCUUAAUUUUUUUUUGAAUUUCACUGGUAACAUUUUCCACUUGAUUUAUGUUCAAUUUCCACAAUUAAUGAACUACCUCCCAGGCCCUCACCAGAAGGCCCUGGCUUCUAGGGAGCUUAUCAUUUCCUUUGCAAAGCAGGAAAUAGAGAAACACAAGGAAUUUCACGCUCUGCAUGAGCCACAGGAUUUCAUUGAUUACUAUCUUCUUCAGAUGGAGAAGAGCAGGAAUGACCCCGAUUCAACCUACAAUGAAGAGAACCUGAUUCAGUGUAUUUUGGAUUUUUUUGUUGCUGGGACAGAAACGACCAUGGCUACUCUGAUGUGGGCACUGCUCCUCUUGACCAAUCAUCCUGACAUCCAAGAGAAAGUCAAGAAGGAGAUUGAAGAUGUGUUUGGCUUCUCGGGGUCAAUUUCCUAUCAGGAUCGGAAGAAGCUGCCUUACACCAAUGCUGUGAUUCAUGAAAUGCAGCGUUUAAAAUAUAUCUUGCUAGCUGGGGUUCCCAGGCGAAGUACAAAGGAUGUAAAGAUGAGGGGUUACCUUAUUCCAAAGAGGAGCAUUAUUAUCCCAGACCUGCGCUCUGUUCUUCUUGACCCAGAACAAUGGGAGACACCUAAAGAAUUCAACCCAAAUCACUUUUUAGACAAGGAUGGGAAGUUCAUUGAACGGGAAGAGUUUCUGCCAUUUGGAAUAGGUCAACGUGUAUGCGUGGGACAGCAGCUGGCAAGAAUUGAGAUCUUCAUCUUUCUGACCAGCCUGUUGAGGGCCUUCAACUUCCGGUUGCCUAAAGGAGUGAAAGAACUCAAUGAAGCACCUGUCGUAAAAGUGACAAUGCAUCCACACCCUUACAAACUGUGUGCUAUUCCUCGCAAAGGAUCAUCUCUCACUCUUUCAAAAUCUCAUCUCUUA